CCCAAAACAAAUUCGCGACGCCGAAAGAAGCCAAAACCUGAAACCAAUAAAGGUCAAAAAGCGCGCUUUUCUGCGUGCAUGUGUCUUCUGUGCUUGUGCGUGGUCAAUAGUCUGUGACUGGGUCUCUGAAGCUGCAACAUAUGGAGAAGAGAGACGCAGAAACGACGUCGUUUGCACCCCUUGCAGCUGAGCAGAGAGGUGCAGGCGGGAAGUUCAGGAAACAGCCGUCGUGGAGGCCACCGGCCACACCUUACGCUCGCCCGCCGCAGAACCAGGAGCAGCGCGGCCGUUGGCUCUCCAAGCUCGUGGAUCCUGCUUUCCGUCUUAUAGCUGGCGGCGCCACCCUAAUCUUCCCUUCUUUCUUCUCCAAAUCGCAAUCCGUCAAUGCGCUCCCUUCUCCUAGCGGCCGAGACGAUGACUCGCACACCGAGGUGGAACAAAGUGCUAGCGGCGAUGAUGUCAAUUUCACUUGGAAUAAUUUGGAAUCAAAAGCAACUGGAGUAGCUGGUAGUAGCCAUGUAGUCGAUAGAUCAAAUAGCGAAUCUGAAUUUAAUGGGCACAAACAAAACCAAAAUGCUGAUGUUUCUGAUCCUAAUGGGCUGUCUGAAAUUGAGCAACUAAUGAAAGAUAAGAGAUUUUCUAGGGAUGAAAUUAACCAUCUAAUGGAGAUAAUAAAGUCAAAGGCUGUUGAUCUUCCUGACGUUGAGCAAGAAAAUAAAUGUUUAAGUACAACUGUGGGAGAUCUUAGAGGGUCUAAAGUUGCCCUUGAAUUUUCUUGGAAGUCAGCUGAAGAAAAGCAAGAAGAUUUGAAUAGAGCUAUUGGGGAAACCUCAAAAAUUAAAGAAAGAAAAUACUCAAGUGCAAUUUCAGUAGAUGCUCGAAAGCCUGCAAAUGGCCUUGAAAAUUCAAGGUCCAUUGAAGAAAAUCAUGAAGAUUUGGAUAGAGUUAUUUGGAAAAGCUCAACCCCUCUUCUGCAGUCAAAAGCACAGCUACAAGAUGAUGUUGGUACUUCACCAGUUGAAAUUGCGAGAGCAUAUAUGGAAAAUCGAACAUCAGAAGUAGGCUUUGGUACUAACAGCUUCGUUUCAAAAGAUGAAGGGACAAUACCAAGCAGUGAUGAGCUUGCAGUAAAACCCUUUAUUCCAUCACCUGUCCCUAAGUCAUCUCCAUGCUGGCCAGGUGCCUUGGUACAGGAUCAGCGUGGGUAUAUAACCCCACAAAGUCAAAGAGGGAGAUUUGGGCUUCACAAUUUCCCCCGAACCCCUUAUUCCAGAACUAUAUAUUCAAAGACUAAGUCCAAAUUGAUUCAGUUACAGAGCAAUAGCGAUAGACGUCCAAAUAUGAUGGCUACUCCCUUUCAGCAGGCUCAAACUCCAUUUGGACAGGUAAAUUCAAGAGGCAAUGCUUUAAAUGAUGGCCAAGGAUCUGUGGGGCCCAUUCGCAGAUUACGGCAUAAAGUAAUUGCAGAAACUCCUAGAGGAUCUGAUUAUUUUCAUACAUCUUUCAAUAGUCCUCAGGUGGAAAACUUAAGUAUUUCAGAAGGCUUAUUUUCCACGCCAAAGACAAAUUUGGAAAAUGGAGGAAAAAUUAGCUCUGCAAAAUUUCAGUCUGUAAGCAGUCAGCCACAAAGCUCUGAAGUCAGUGUCCCAACUGCUCCUGCACAUUCUAGUCUGGUAGCCCGGAAAAUAUUAGAGCACCUUGAGAGAAAUCCACCCACCCCUAAAGAUAAAUCUGCUGAGUUGAGGCUAGCCACUUCAUGGAAGAAACCCCUGUCCUCUGAUCUAGCAAAUAUCAUGCCCAACAAACGUAAUAGCCCAACUCAAUGGGGAGGUUUUGAUUCUUCUGAAAAAUCCAUUCAAGUUCACAAAAGUAAUCCUCAGGAGUCUGUUAAUGGGGUUAAUGUUGGUAUAAAUAAUAACAAUUCAGUUUCAAAAAUGAAAGUUGGUACAGCUUCAACAGAUGGUGAUUAUGCAGGUCAUUCACAAGAUUUCAGAAAACUCCGGGAUUCUCAACACCUGAGUGCACAUGAGGAUGUUUCAAAUUCAAAGGUUCUGCCGAAUGCUGCUGGUUCUGAGGUAUUCAGUUUUCAAAAGAAACUUCCACCUCAAUCUUCCGGUACAAAACCAGUGUUGCCUUCUAUCAACAUUGAUAAGCCUAACCAAAGGUGGACAUUUUCUUCUGAUAAUAGCUCAGGAUUUACUUUCCCAGUUUCUGCAUCUUCUGGGGUAUCUUCUGAGCCACCGACGCCCUCUAUCAUGCCAUCAUCCUCAUCCAUUGGUCUGCAUCAACAGAACGAGGGGUCAUCAAUCCCUUCAUACAAAUUUGGCUCAAGGGGGUCUACUCCAGCCCUCGUUUUUUCUUUCCCUUCAACAAGCAGCGUCCCCACACAUGAUGAUGUAUCUGACUUGAAGUUCAACUUCGGAUCGGACAAGACGCCAAGGAUAUCUUUCGGUUCUGUAGGCCAAGGUGCCAUAUGUUACUGAUGAAAGGAAUUUUUAAAAGGAUAUUCAUCUUUUUUCUUACAUACUUCUGUUUUUAACUCUUUAUUACAAUUGGACUGUUGAAUUUUCAGUUUGUAAGAAAUCAUAUUCAACCCUCUGCAUUAUUGUUA